CGUCAUACGAACUGAGCCUUCUUCUUCUUCUUCUUCUUCUUCUUCGACCUUUCACUUCAACGUGACUCUCUCGCUUUAUCGUAGACCAUGGGGCAUGGUAAAAGCAGUCUUUAGCUUACACUUCUAUUCACCUAGCAUACAUUGUCACAUGGUAAAUCAACUUCCAUGUGCUACAAUUGGACAUGCACCGUCACAAUGUCUUCCCACUCUCGACUGUGCUUCUCGUCGCAGCUAACCUCCUCAUACCCGUCGCAAUUGUCCUCUUCGCGAUUGGUUUCUUCCCCUAUAAGCCGUUCUUGCCUGGCCUAGCCGAGUAUAAUUCCUUCGAUUAUGGUCCUCCACCUGAACCGCCCUUCGAUCGUCUCAUAUUUAUGGUCAUCGAUGCUUUGCGCAGCGACUUUGUGUUUACAAAUAACUCGGGAUUUCACUUCACGCAAGGUUUGAUUUCUGACGGCCUUGCCGUCCCUUUCACUGCCCAUGCCACUUCGCCAACUAUUACAAUGCCCCGGAUAAAGGCUAUUACUACAGGAUCUACUCCUUCCUUCCUCGAUGCUAUACUAAGUUUUGACGAAGCCGACACCUCUUCUACCCUCGCCGCUCAAGAUACCUGGCUUGCCCAGAUGAAGGCCAAGAAAUCCGGAAAGUUGGUCAUGUACGGUGAUGACACAUGGCUGAAAUUAUUUCCUGGACUGUUCGAUCGAGCUGAUGGCACUUCGAGCUUCUUCGUUUCGGACUUCACAGAAGUCGACAACAACGUGACGAGGCACAUCCCCGACGAGCUGCGCAACGAUGACUGGAAUACAAUGGUACUCCACUACCUCGGCCUCGACCAUAUUGGCCAUAAAACUGGUCCCCGAGGCCCAAAUAUGAUCCCAAAGCAGCAUGAGAUGGAUGAUAUUGUUCGCAUGAUUUACGAGGCUAUAAAAACACAGCCACACCUCCAGUCGACACUACUAGUUAUCUGCGGCGAUCAUGGCAUGAAUGAUGCCGGGAACCAUGGCGCCUCCUCUCCUGGAGAGACUUCGGCCGCUCUGGUGUUCGUGUCACCAAAAUUGAAGUCCGUUUCCAACCCCGUCAAAGUUCCGGCAGACCUAGCCGAAGAUUUCCAGCACUAUGGUGUCGUCGAGCAAUCUGAUCUCGCCCCAACUCUGGCCGCCUUACUCGGGUUCCCUGUGCCGAAGAAUAGCUUAGGGUCUUUUAUAUUACAAUUUUUGUCUUUUUGGCCAGAGAGACACGAUAAACGCCAGAUUUUAUUGCGUAAUACAAGACAGAUUCUUGAUAUUGUGGCUGCGACUUACAUUGGUUCACCAUUCACUGACGAGCAACGUAGCCUAGAGUGUGCUCACCCUGGUUCGGUAGGCGAGGAACUAAUAUGUGAAUGGCAGAAUAUUAGCAAAUCCGUCGAAGAAAUGCCAGUAGGAACCACGAGUGAUGACUGGAUUAUGGAUGCGUCGAAGUGGCUGUCCAAGGCGCAGACGUUAAUGAGUAGUGUGGCUAGCAAUUACGAUAUGUCUAUGUUGACCUAUGGCGGAUUGACUACGGCGUUGGCCUCCAUCUUGGCUACCUAUGCCCUCACAACCUCGCCUUCCAUGACGGCUUCUGGUCUGGUGCCGUUUGUUUUAAUCACCACACUAUAUGGUAUAAUGAUGUUUGCUAGCAGCUAUGUUGAAGAAGAACAACAUUUUUGGUAUUGGGCUACGUCCGCGUGGCUGCUUUACUUGACCAUUAGAUCGAACCCAAAGAUGACGCAUAAGUCUCUUGCCACGGGCUUGGUUAUUCUUGGCUCUAUGAGGCUCGUUCGCGGAUGGAACCAGACCGGCCAGAAAUUUGCCGGAGAACCCGACAUCGUAACCAGCUUUGUUGCUGCGAACCCGCCGCUGCUUUGGUGUCUUGUUGUGGCGACGUAUGCGAUGGUUUCAUCAGAACUAUUCAAUGGUCUUGGGGAUAUUCCGGCUGCGAUAUCAGGUUCCGUAGUUGCAGGGCUUGUGACGUCUGCGAUCUCCUUCAAGCUCGCUUUCACCAAUGAAGAUGCGCCUGAAUUGGUUGUUGGGCUUGCGAGAACACUUGUGGACAUAUUCGAUGGUCCAUCGCUCGUGAAUCGGGCAAGGGCAGUCUUCCUUGGUCUCGGGCUUACUUUGAUAUAUCCUCUGCACAGCCUCUUAACGUCGGAAAAGAAGUCUUCUAAGGAGAAGGCAAUGCGCACUCUACAUCACUUGUAUACGUUAUUUGCGUUAACGCAGUCCCGAGUAACGAACAUACCUCUCUUCCUACUAUUUCAAGCUAUAUAUCUAUGCCUAAGUCACCUUCGCUUAAGCGUGAUCGAAAUCACAAUUUCCUCACUACUCCUGCAAUUUUCCUCAUUCUUUGCAAUGGGGGGCUCCAACGCAAUCUCUGGCGUAGAUUUGUCGAGCGCAUACAAUGGUGUCAGUGGCUUCAACAUCAUUGCCGUGGGAGCCCUAACGUUUCUUAGCAACUGGGCAGCUCCGGUCUGGUGGACGUCGGCUUUGAAUUUGCUACUACUCCGGAGACAAUCGGUAGAACGUGAUCACCAUUUCCUUUACCGACAGCACACGGCGAUAUUGACCAUCUUCGUUACGGUGACCCUUGGGUUUGUGAUGAUGGCUUGCACAGCCUUGAGAACCCACUUAUUCAUCUGGACGGUAUUCUCGCCAAAGUAUCUAUAUAGCAUGGCAUGGAGUUUAGGUCAGCAUAUGAUUAUCAACGUAGUGUUUGGUGGUUUCUUAUGUUGGCUUGGUCGCACAUGAAACGACACAAGUUGCAAUGGGGAGAUAUGUACAUAGAUGGUUCGACUUGCAUGUUAAUUGGGUAAAUGACUGGUAGGGAUUAGAAAAAAAAAGGGGGGGGUGGAAGAACUUAGGGGGGAGCUGAUAAAAUA